AUGUCGUUACCGAUUCCGAUCAAACAAAAGCAGUUCCGAGGAGAAGAGGAAUGUCGAUUGCAGAUCAUCGUUGUCGGAGCUGGGCUCGCUGGCCUAGGAACCGCAAUCAGUUGCUUGCUAUCCGGUCAUGAUGUCCACAUCCUCGAAGCCGCACAUGAGAUCCGCGAAGUCGGUGCCGGCAUACAAGUACUGCCGAACAGUUCGCGGAUCUUGCAACACUGGGGCCUACAAGAGUCUCUAACACCGCACAUGACAUAUCCGCGAAUGUGCAACUUUCUCGGUUGGAAAGGAAACCUGAUAUCAUCACUGGACUUCCACGAAUCCGAGAGACAGUAUCCCGGGACAUGGUACCGCGAUUUUCAUCGGGCGGACCUCCAGCAGUGCCUUGUUGCGAGAGUGAAGGAACUGGGAGGGCAAAUAACGUGCGGUGCCCGCAUUGUGGACGUUGAUGUUCAUAUGGACAGCUCGACGGCAACUGCGAUCUGUGCAGAUGGACGAAAAUGGACUGGCGACUUGGUGAUUGGUGCUGACGGGGUGUUUGGAAAACUAACCGAGGCCCUCUUAGGACGUCCGGAUCCCCCAACUAAGACAGGUGACUUGGCGUAUCGUCUGCUUUUGUCAACGAAAAAGAUGCUGCAAGAUCCGGAGCUGGCAGUGUUCGUGACAGAUCCGCAAGUGAACUACUGGUUGGGACCUGAUGCUCAUGCAGUAAACUAUGUUCUCCGUGAUGGAGAACUGUUUAAUAUGGUCCUCUUAGUCCCGGACGAUAUUCCAGAAGAUUCAUUAGCUUCCACGGUCGAAGGCAAUGUGAAAGAAAUGUGCUCUUUAUUUGAAGGAUGGGAUUCACGUAUCCAAAAACUCCUUCGACUCUGCGAAUCUGUUCACAAAUGGAGACUCUGCAUUCGAUACGGUGAAUACAAUUGGACACAUCCUUCAGGAACGUGGGUGAUGUUGGGCGAUGCUGUUCAUGCGACACUGCCUUAUCUGGCCUCGGGAGCCGGAAUGGCGUUCGAAGACGGUGCGGUACUGGGAGAAUGUCUUUCUCGGCUCCCUAACUACCACGGUGUGUCCAAAAAAUCCCCCGAUUUCCUCGAACAACAACGCCACGCCUUAUCAGUUUUCGAAGAAUGUCGCAAACAACGCACGCAGAUGGUGGUGGCGAGGGGGAAUAUACAGCAACAUCUGUAUCAUCUGCACGAUGGACCCGAACAGGAGGAACGUGACCGAAAGAUGCAGAUGGUUCCGACGCCGGAAGGCGAGGCCCUUGCUUGGCGGGAUCCGGGACUGGCACCGAAACUACUUGGAUAUGAUCAUACCAAAGAUGUUGAUCAUCGCUGGGAGCAGCUACUCGGCGCAGCGAUGCAUGAGGAUACGUCAACGCAGCCGCGACUUUAA